GGUUUCCAAACAUGGCGGCUGCUGAUAGUGGAAUCUUCUCCAGGAAAGCAUGCGUGGUAGUCACCGGUGCAAGUAGAGGUCUAGGAAAGUCCGUUGCCAAGAUAUUCGCCACAAAAUUCCCAGAGUCAUCACUGUUCAUUCUCCUGGCAAGAAAUUUAACAGAUUUAGAAGCAGUGAAAGCAGAAAUCCGGGAAAAUAUGCCUACUCUCAAAGUUGCUGUCAAAAAAUUUGACCAGGGCAACCUUGACCAAGCGAUCUUUGACUCGCUAUUCGAUACUGUAUUUGAGGAGUACGGUGUGUCACCAAACGACUUUGAGCAGUCAGUGAUUGUCCAUAAUGCAGGAACACUGGGUGACAACACAAAGUACGCCAGUCAGUUAUCUGAUGUCGCUACCGUUCAGAGGAACUUUGAUGUCAACGUAUCCGGUAUGAUCCUGCUCAACUCGGGGUUCCUCAGGAAAUUCUCAAAUUCAUCUAAAGGAAGACUGAUCGUCAACCUGUCUUCGUUAGUGGCAGUUCAACCGGUAUCUUCCUUUUCAUUAUAUUGCACAGGGAAGGCAGCCAGGGACAUGUUUUUCCGAGUAAUGGCUGCUGAGGAUCCUUCCAUCCGUGUCUUGAACUAUGCCCCAGGACCUUGUGAAACAGACAUGCAGAAGGCGUGUCGUGAGGAUACAGUGGACUGUACAACAAGAGAUAUGUUUCAAGCCAUGCACAGAGAAGGAAAUACCCUGGACUGUGACACCUCUAUUGCUAAGCUGGUGGAGCUGCUGAGGCUGGAUCAGUAUGACAGUGGAGCUCACAUCGACUUUUUUGACGACAUUGGAGGUCAUGUUGCCAAGACAUCUCUUAACCAAUGAUCUCGGUUCAGGUUGUACUGAAGUAGCUAACAAUUCUGCCAAAUGAUCACAAAGUCAUUAUAAUUUAAUGACAAAUAUGUCAUUAGCAGUCUUAGCUAGAUAUGAAAGUAAUUAGUCAUCUUAUUGAGAAUAAUAUU